AUGACUGACCCUCCGGAACCUUCUUCCAGACGUUGCCAGAACGACUCGGCCGCUGCUCCACCUCUGCAGUAUCCUACGUUCCCUCCCUUGAGUGCUUCUGUCGAAGAGUGGCUAUCUCGAUCGAGGCCUAUCAACAUGACGUCAAAUCUGCCAACCACAGACCAGACCUCCCGGUCACUGAGUGAGAGCUGGGCCACGAUGAGCGUCUCCGAUAUAUAUUCUGAGGAUGGUACCCGCUCGGAACAGACCGAUAUGGGGUCUCUGAUCGAUCAUACUGGUCCUGACGAUGUGGCCAGCCUUGACGAGACCUCAAGCAACAGUGAAAUCGAUGCCAGUGAUGAUGACGGAUACUACGGUGAGAAUUAUGAGUCGACGAGCCAUGUGUCGGCCACGCAAGAGCUGUCUUCUGGUUUCCCUUUUCUCGGGACCUCGAUCGAUGACAGUAGCCUCACCACCCAGACUGCUUUCCGCCAGUCGACCGAGUCCAUCGAGUUUACUGAGCCUGAGAGCUGGCCCGAAACCGAACGCGUAGAAUUGAAACACACCAUUCGGGUGUUUGAAGGUCUUGAGGCAGCAGCAUUGAAACAGAAACUCUCUAACACAACCCAAGACUCAACACUUACAGCUACAGUGCAACAAACCAUGACGAGAAGAUCCUUGGACACAGACAAGCCAUUCCGCGUGCUCUACAUUGGCAGCCCGGACUUCCGAAACCUCAUCCUGGAUAAAAUUGGAGAUGUCCUGGUGGCAAGCUCUCCCUGUAGCAGUUACGAAAGCAGUUCCACCGAGUCCUCCAGGUAUCAUGUGGUCCCAACAUCCUUUGGUGCCGGGGCGAUCCCUAAUUUCGCCGAGCUCCUGCCCAUUCAUGUUCAACUUAUCGUGGACGAAUGUCUCGACGCCUCUGCAGACAGUCAGACUGACAAGCGCAGCACGAUCACCUUGAAUCUCAAGAACCAACCUCCAUAUACUUCGAAGUGGGUGGGUGCCGACUAUUGCAUUUCUUCUCCUGUGGAGUGGACCUUGCCCGAUGUAGCCAUCAUUUUCCUAGCAACCACCGACAGCAACAAGGACAUGGAGACCCAGAGGCUGGCUCGCAUCUUUUUGGAAAGACACGGCGUGCCCACAAUGGAAAUCUCAGAGCGCCCGCUGUGGACAAUGUCGAGGGUCCCUGUUCCCGUGAACCGCCACAGUCUUCACAUGUGCCUGGAAUCGCGUGAUCCAGUCACUGGAACCUCUACACUUGUGAACAGGUAUCCGAUUGACAUCAAGACGUUUGAGAGCAUUGCGCCCAGACAGCUCAAUAGAAACCUGGCUUCUCUGGCAACUAUAUAUCCGCGGAAAGUUUAUCAGGUUCCCCCCGAGUGUCCAAAGGAGCUUCUAGUGAAACGAGCUCUGAACGCCGUGGAUCACACAUGGAAAGUGACCCCCCUCCCCUUCAGCAAUGGAAAUCACAAACUGGCGUUCUUACUUCGCUUGACUGUCCUGUUUGCUGCCGCCGUAUUGACUAUAACUUUUGGCCAUUUUGCGCUCCGGGCACUUAUCUUGUUUCUUACCCAGUAUUUCGCACACUCUGAAGUCUCCAGCACAGUCACAACUCAUUCUCAGAAUAUACCAACGGCCAGCGGGUUCGGUCCGGAUGGAUCGUUAACCGUGGUGCCGUCGAAUAUGGCUGCUGUUCAAGCCCACAGAGCUCAAGCUCAUGGCCGCUCUUCGUUGGAAGAUUUUAUGGACGGAAUUCUCUCUCCGAAUCAGCCAAGUGAGGGGCCCAGCGAAUUUGAGUUUCAGGUGGUUGGCGAUUGUCAUCUGGCCAUCAAACCACCACAUAAAUCUUUCAUUGGCAGGAAGGGUCCACGAUUUAGUGUUCAGAUAAAACGAGAUGGCAAGCCCCUCGAUUACGAACUUUCGACUUUGUUCGAAGGAGUAUACACCUUGAAACUCGAGCGAGCCGAUGCCUAUGGGCUGUUGGAUGUUAUAAUCACCUCAAACACCAGACCACCUUUUACACAGACCACUUCCGUGGACUUUGGUACACCAUGGCUGAAGAUUCAGAACUGGAAACGAGCCGCCCAUGCCAUUUCGUCACAGUUUUUGAAGGAAUUUGGCAGCGCGCAAACGGGCCUGUCAGAGGCAUACGAACGUAUCUGUACCGACCUCCAGGUGCUCAUGGGUGACGUCGUCAAGAAAGCCCAUUUUCUGCGACGAGAGGCGUCCUCGCUACAUGACUCGGUGCAACUCUCCCAUGAUACCAAAGAACUGGUUCUCUCGAAGUCGGCGCAGCUUACUCAAGCUGUCAAACGUAAUGCUGUGCAACCUCUCUUAGCCGCCUCAGCCACAUUCCAAGGCCACACUGAAAGAGUCAAUAGGGGAGCCAGGGAAGUUAUGAGUGGCACAUGGAACAGGAUAAGUGCUUCUGCUCAGGUGCUUGAUCUUACGAGCAUGAAGACGCAUAUCCGCAACGCAAGGAAGUGCCAGACUUUGAAUAGGGCGCAGCAGAGGGCCAGGAGCCUCAUGAAACGGAAGACUUGCCGGCAGACUAGAUGUGCUAAAUAA